UGUAGCAUGCAUGUUAGGUUUGGAUUGUUGUUCCCCAUGAUCGAUUGCGUACGCGUAACCGUACGGACUGUUAUGCUCCAAUUGAUCCCUAUUUUAACGCGUUCGUGAUGUUACUUUUUGCGAUCUUGCCCGUCUUGCUGAUUUGUGAUGUGUCUGUGAUAUCUGCUCGUCAAGUGAAGAUGCGGAUGGUGAAUGAACCAAUAAAUACCGGGCAGACAUGGGGGAAUAAUGAGCCAGAGAUUCUCAAACCCAAGGUCAAACCAGCCAACUUUUCCGGCCCCCCUCAUCUCAAGAGACUGGUUGGAAGGUGCUUCUCAAAAACAGUUAAUUCGUACAAGUACGAGCUGUGUCCAUUCCAGAAUGUUACUCAACAUGAACAGAGCCUAAGAUGGAACCCCUACAGUGGCAUCUUAGGGAUCUGGCAAGAAUGGCAAAUAGAAGGAAACGUCUUCAAGUCCAUGUUGAUGACAGAAGGGGACCAGUGCUUGGACAAGAGCAGAAAGGUCACGGUUCACCUGGAGUGCGGCGCAUUGAACUCCAUUACUAAUGUGUCAGAGCCAACAACAUGUGAAUAUGCCAUUGUGUUUGUCACACCAUUAGUGUGCCAUCCGCAUUCCUUGCUUGUUUACCCAACUCUCUCUGAAGCACUCAGAAGUAGAUGGGAUGAAAUUGAAGGAGAAUUAUUCAACGAGGAAAUCACAUUACAGGGUUACCAGAAGAAGCUGACACAAAUCUUCCAAGAUGCAGGGUAUGUUCUGGACCCAUCCAAGAGAGAGCAGCUCAAGGCGGCCACGAAAAGCGACCAGCUCCUUGCGCCCCAGGGAGACGGGUUUGAGACGUUAGAGGCUUGCUCGGCGGCAUACGCAGUUCUUGAAGAGGAGAUUCGACGAUUGAAGGCACAGCUAGAAAGGCAAGGACAAGGACAAGGCCAAGAUCCUGAGGAAAAUCCUCUGUUCAACUUGGAUAACAUCUACACGUGAGGAGGCUGCAACGUCAAGGCCACACUGCAUGUCUUUAUUUUGUGUCGAGAACCAUUCAGCUAUAAAUAGAUCACAAGACCUCAGACAGUCCCUGUCAGAGACACUGUGAGAUCUUCCAGAACACAGAGCCGUGACUACAUGUGUACACAGCUUCAAAGCUGGCUUCUCACAUAGAAUCACAAGGUAUAACAACAGUGUCUUUAGUAUGGAGAAUUCAAAUUUUUAUGUUCAUGUGAAUUUAAAGAACUCAGUGUACCAGAUUGAAUUCAAAUUUAACUCGCAAAAGGCUUAUUUGUGACCCUCAAAAAUCUACUUACUUCUUAGCUUUUAAAGCCCCAUAUCCAUUUGCUGGAGUGGUGGUUUAACUAUAGCUUCACGGUGCAUACUUACAUGUGUUGUGAUUGCAUCCAGUGUAUAAACAAGAUUGAAUGCAUCAAAGUUAACAAAUGUUUGGGUGGCGGUUUGAAAGAUGGUGUAUAUAUUUUUAUUGACAGGUUUAAGUUUGGAGUUUGAGAGCAUGGCUUCAAGUUCAAAUUAUUAUUAUUAUGACAUAUUUAUUUUCAGUAAUAAGUAUGGGUGAUACUUUGUACUCCUGGCAGAUUCACAACAACUUUCUUUGCAUGGAAAUGUAUAUCUUUGUUGACAAAUAAGGGUGGAUACUUGUGAAACUCCUACUUAUGAUUCGUCAUGUGGCAUGCGGUGUUGUAGGCGAGACCAUUUAAGACCUUCACAAGACCACACAAGACCAGCACAAGACCUCCAGUCUGAAUUCAAGCCACAAGCUAUUCAAAUGAAC